ACAUCGGACCAGCGUUUGAGCAAAAGGUGCGUAUGUGGUGCGCUCCCAGCGUCGGUAGGGUUGGUUGGGCUGUGCGGUGUGUGGUUAGGCCGAACAGAAAAUUGCCGACGUUUGAAGUUUCGCUUAUCAGUUUGUGGUCCCCCCACUGAUCCCCAUUUCGUUUCCGUCGGUGCAUUGAUUGUGUAUCAGUGUGUGAGUGAGUGCGUGUGUGUGUAUAGAGGAAAUUUGAAUGCCGGCUUCACUACCACCCCACACCAUGUCCGGGUGACGCUGAAGGUCAAUUGAAGGGAAGAUGUCAGCCAGGGGCCCGAAAAAGACAUGGACGAGGUUCAGCAGGUCAUGCGCUAGAGCCGCAAACCAGCGCUGUCCAUGGCUGAACGUAAUUGCAGCAGAAAGCAGAGGGUGUGCUGCUUACGACACGUACCCUUAUGUGGCAGUCUUAUGCUCACCACUAACGGCCACACAGUUGGCGUUGCGUGAUUAUUAAUUGCAAUCAGCGAUUCUGAGGGGGGUGGAGGUCGUUAAUUUCUAGUCAGCCUUCCGUUGCAGAAUGGGCCCGUUUGAGUGGGCGAUGGUUGCAUUCUUGUACUCGCGCAUACACUACUCCGGAUGCAGACAUUGCAAAACGUCCUUACAGUACGUGCAAGGGGGUGUGAUGUAACGCUAGCCCACGACCAAGUAAAGUUGAUUAUCGGUAACGGUUAUUAAGGCAGACAAGUAAAGGUCACAGGCCGUUACAUCAUCUGAUCUUCGCCCGUCCAGCCCUUCCCAGACAUGGAGCAGAAAUUCAACGAAUCCGCCGAGAAGGUGAAGAGCUUCACCAAGCGACCGAGCGACGCGGAGCUGCUGGAGCUGUACGCACUGUUCAAGCAGGCGACGGUCGGCGACAACGAAACCGAGAAGCCCGGCAUGUUCGAUCUGAAGGGCAAGGCCAAAUGGCAGGCGUGGGCUGACCGGAAAGGCACCAGCAAGGAAGCGGCCAUGGAAGCGUACAUCAAGAUGGUCGAGGAGCUGUCCGCGAAGUACGUCUAAACGGACGGUGGCGCUAAGCAAAUUGCCAGACGGAUAAACGGCGCUGGAGUUUAAUACACAUUCGGUUCGGUACUUUUGUUUCUACAACUAUAAACAUUAAAAAAAAAACUACUGGGGCCAUAGCAGUUCCUUACCGUGGUGAUCCUGUAUUCUUCCUCGGACGCUUCGCGAGUGUUUAGUUGUAUUGUUUUGUUAUCAGUUUCUGUUUUUUUUUUUUGUUUCGGGGGCACCUUGGAGCGAUUCGUUUGCUUAUCGAUCGAGGGGAGAAUACGGUAAGGUUUUGCACCAUACGUUAGCUAACGGGUGGGAAGAUAACAACCAAAAAUGUUGAUACAGGGUUGAGUAAGCUUACAAAUUAAUAAAGUGAAAUGUUUUACUAAAA